UAUACAGAAAUUGUGUCCGGUAUUUGAUGCUAAUGAAUGUAUUGUUAUAUACUUGAUACUAUUAAACAUCAAAACAAUUAUAGAAUAUUAAAUUACACGUAAUAUUGCUAAGUGACCGAUAUUAAAAAUAUAUUCAUUUAAUCGUCUAUAUUAGCUAGAUAAUCAGGAUGUCAGAAAAAUUUGUGGGUUGUAUAGUUUCUGUAAAGUGUAUUGAAGAAGUUGGAACUUACCAAGGAGAAAUAGUGGAUUUAAAUAAAGAUUGUCUUAUACUUGCAACAGCUUUUUGUAAUGGGAUACCUCAUGCAUCACCUAUAGUUACAUUGGGGGUAAAGGAUAUAUUGGAUGUAGAAUUUAUAUCAAUUAAUGAUAGAGAAUCUGAUAUAUAUGAUGCCAUUCUUUCAUACAAUAACAUAACUGUAAAGAGACCUAUUGCCAAGAGAGUUGGCAGGUCCAUUUCAGAAAGUAUUUCUUCUCCUGUUCAGUCCACAUCGUCACAAACACCAAUUAAUUCUAGAAAGCUAAACAACAUUUCUCAGUCCAAUAUUGAGCAAUCAACCAAUGGGAAAAUUUCAUUACCUGAAUCUAUUGAUAAACCUAUACAAAAGAAAUUAGGUAGUAAACAGAGGAACUUAGGACGUAAUGAGGACACAUUUGGUACUUCAAUUGAGCAAUCCUUGAAUCAAGACUUUGAUUUUGAAAAGAAUUUAGCCUUAUUUGAUAAAGAGGCUGUAUGGCAAAAGAUAGAUUCUGUGAAAUCUAAGAAACAAAAGCAAGGACUAAAUAAAAGCUAUAGACCUGACGAAAAUAUCAUUGUUUCUGAACCAACAGUUUUUAGACAAAUUAUGGUACCCUGUGCUGGUGGAAUAGAAUAUGUAACAGAUAAUGGUUUAAUAAUUCCUAGUAUAACUCUCAACCUUCAUCGUCAAUUAAUAGGAGCAGCAGAUCGAUUGGGUAUUAGUUGGGAGCGUAGGGUGGAACUUCUUGGUCGAGCUGGUACAGAAAUUAUAUUACAAUUAUUGGGAGGAAGUCAUCGACUUAAUCCAAAUAAUGCACACCAGUGGCCAACAGUUAUUGCACUUUGCGGACCUCAUCGUUCUGGUGCUGCAGGUGUUAAUUGUGCUAGACAAUUGUCUAGUUAUGGUAUUAAGACAAUAGUGUUUGUAGAAAAUUCUGAAGAUGUUUUUCUUCUACAAGAAUUAUCUUUGUACAAGUUAACAGGAAACAAGGUAGAAACUAAACUUAAAAAUUUGCCAUCAGUGGUGGAUUUGAUACUUGUAGCGCUUUGUGAUGAAAAUUCGCCAAGAAUGAUUACACCUAUAGCAAAGUGGGCAAAUAGCAAUAGAGCACCUAUUUUAGCUAUUGAUCCACCAGCUACAGGAACACCUGGUAUUCUUAGCAAAUAUAGUUUGCUUGGUGGAUUACCAUUGUCUCAUAGUAUGGACAAUGGAAAAUUAUAUUUAUGUAAUCUUGCACUGCCAAACGAAGUAUAUGCAGAUGUUGGUAUAACAUAUAGAUCUCCUUUUGGAUCGAAAUUUGUCAUUCCUUUGCAUUCCAAUAAUUCUUAG